UUGAACUAGUUCGUUCACGAACUACACAGCUCUAGUUUCUCCUGUCUUCGUAGAAACGUCAGGUGCGAUUUUGUUAUGAUUUCAUUUGUUUGAAAUAUUUUUAGUAAAUAUUGAAAUUAAGUGAAGAAUGUGACUGUGUAUUUGGAAAAUCAAUUGUUGUUACACAAUAUACGAAGAAUAGUCGUAGUUUGUGAGUGAAAUAUCGUUAAGUUUGGUUAGUCUGCAAUUUUCUACCUGUUAAUUUUACAAGAGAGUAUGAUGUCACCCACAACAAAAGAAUCAACAGUGCUAGUGAAUGGUACGUCUAGCGGGACACCCAGUUUCGUUUUGACUCCGGAGCACGUAUCGCAGAAUUCCGAGCCCAACAAGAGUCAAUGUUCCUCGUUAUCGGACGUUGAAAAUUUGGAAUGGUCUGCUGAAACGCUGGAAGUGGAUCCUGAAACUAGUGGCAACGGAAAUAAUGUGGGGAAUGAAUUAAGGACUGUUAAUGGCAUUAAUCGAAAUACAUGGUUGCGUACAAGCUUAAGAAGGUCUUCUCCAAGUCAUCCAGAAAACCUCGCCAAUAGGAGAUGUGGUUCUUUUCGACACAAUGGACGUCGACAACAACUAGGUUCAAACGCAUUAGCCAGUCAAUUGUAUCGCAGUUCCAGUUUCAAUUCGUCAGGAAGAAGCAGCACUUGUGACACCACUGAUGAUAUGUACUCAGAUGCUUCAUUGGAAGAAGAUGUGUUGGACCUGCAUCAAAAGUUUCAGGUGUUACAGCAACAGGUAGGAUAUCUUCAAGACACAGCCAACCAAAAUGAUGAGAGGUAUACGAGAGCCAAAGCAGAUAAUGCAGCUCUCCAAGCUAGGGUUAUUAUGUUAGAAGAACAACUUAGGGAAACUGAAAUGAGAAGCGAGGAGAAAUUACAGGAUGAACGUAGGGGAUUCAAGGACCAAAAAGCUAGAUUAGAAAGAGAAAAACAACUAUUGUUGGAUAAUGUGAAUCUAAGACUGCAGGCGUCGGAAACAGAAUGUGCAAAUUUAAAGAAAGAGAUUAACAGACAGAAAGACGAGAUUGAUAAAUAUAAGAAUGAAAGACAGAAUCUAAUGGAUCAGGUUUCGGAUCUCACAAGUGAGGUGACUAGUGUAAAGGAAGAAAUGAAAAUGAUGAAAAGCCAAGAAAUUAGGUUAAAACGUGAAUAUGAAGCUCAAGUACAACUCUCAGAAGACUUGUCGAAAGAAAUAGAAAGAUUAAGACUGGAAGCCAGAACCCCGGCCCUUCCGACCACUUCUCCCGAAACUUUGAGGUUAGAAGAGUUACAUGAAGAAAUGACGAAUUUAAGGUCAGAAAAUUCAGAGUUAAGAGAAGUUAACGAGGAACUACAAGCCAGUUUAUUACAUGCAGGUUUAGAAACCGGUAGGAUCCUUUCGAUAGGUGAAAAUAGUUUGGCAGCUGAAUUAGAUGUGAUGUCGCAAGAUGAGGUUCAAAAAGCGUUGAAAGAGCAACAAGAAGUGAACCGGCAGUUAAGAACUUACAUCGAAGGAAUACUCUUGAACAUCGUUGAGAAUCACCCUCAACUUCUCGAAGUCAAACAUAGGCCUGUAUAGAUAUAAAAAAAUGUGAUUGAUAGUUAAAAUAAUAGACUUUUAUCGUGAUAUUAAAUGUUGGACAGUAAAUGUUGAUGCACUUGUUAUACAUUCAACGUAUAUGUUUCCAAAAAUGAUUUUUAGGCGCAGGUCGUAUGUUUUGGUUUUUAUAAAGUUUUAAUUUUUAUUUUGUCAUGUAUUAUACUAUUGUAAUGUGUAUUUGUCAACUUGCUGAUACCCGGUCUAUUCGGGAGGAAUUUUGUAUCCGAUUUUAAACUUCUCGGUAUACUCGAGACUAAUUUUUAAGUGACGAGUUUUAAAUUAGAAGUCUCCGAAAGUGCUAUAAAAUACACACACCGGCAAAAUUAAAGGAACACCUUAAAAAUGGGACAUGUUUGAUGUCUCGAAUUUCCUAAACCUGUUGUCCGAUUUCAGUGAUUUUUUUAGUAGGUUAUAGCCUUAUUAUUUGAGAAUAUUGGUGUAAUAACAUUGAUGCUAGACAGGUAAAUGUAAUUUUAUACCGGGUGUAACAAUCAUACGGUGUUUUUUUCUUAAAAUUAGGAACACCCUGUGAAAUAUUCCCGCAUAAAUAAAAUAUUGAAAUUAAAACUCAAUUGUAGCCUUAGGCUUUCUUAACAUUUUCUUUUUUGAUUCAUUUGCUUAUGUUGGAUAAUAAAAAAGUUAUGUACUUUAACAACUAGCCAUGUUCUUCAUCAAUACAGGGUGUUUCUAAAUAAGUGCGACAAACUUUAAGGGAUAAUUCUGCAUGAAAAAUUAAUGACGGUUUGCUUUAUAAACAUAUGUCCGCAAAUGCUUCGUUUCCGAGGCACGGGAUGUUGAAUUUUUUCUUACAAACUGACGAUUUAUUUAUUGCUCUAAAACCGGUUGAGAUAUGCAAAUGAAAUUAGGUAGGUUUUAAGAGGUAGUUAUUAUGCAUUUUUUGACAUACAACUACUAAUUUUAUAUUGACCAUUGGCGUGCAUACGGGAUAUAUUUAAAAUGUUUAUACCCAUAUUCACUCCAAUGGUGAAUAUAAAAUUCUUAAUUGUAUGUCAAAAAAUGCGCAAUAACCUACCAAAUUUAAUUUUAAUAUCUCAAACAGUUUUAGAGCAAUAAAUAAAUCGUCAGUUUGUAAGAAAAAUUUAACAUCCCUUAUCUCGGAAACGAAGCGUUUGGGGACAUACGUUUAUAUAAAGCAAACGGUCAAUAAUUUUUCAUGCAGAAUUACCCCUUAAAAUUUGUCGCACUUAUUUAGACACACCCUGUAUUGAUGAAGAUCAUGGCUAGUUGUUAAAGUUUUUAACUUUUUUAUUACCCAACGUAAGCAAAUGAAUCAAAAAAGAAAAUGUUAAGAAAGCCUAAGGUUAUAAUUGAGUUUUAAUUCCAAUAUUUUCUGUAUGCUAGAAUAUUCCACAGGGUGUUCCAAACUUUAAGGAAAAAACACAGUAUGAUUGUUACACCCGGUAUAAAAUGACCUUUACCUGUCUAGCAACAAUAUUAUUACACCGAUAUUCUUAAAUAAUAAGGCUAUAACAUACUAUUAAAAAAAUCACUCAAAUCGGACAACUGCUUUAGAAAAUCCGAGACAUCAAACAUGUCAAAUUUUUAAGGUAUUCCUUUAAUUUUGCCGGUGUGCGUAGUUUGAGAUAAUAUCCAAAACAAAGAAUCUGUGCAACCAAUCUGCGAAUAUAGUGUAGAAAUAGUGAUUAUUGUAUAUAUUAAUAUUGUAAAAAGUUUUAUAUAUACAUUGUUGGUCUUGCUGUAUGUAUUUAAUAAUACUGAUGUUGUUAUUUGAAACGAUUUUAAAUACAAAUGUCAUUAAAAUA